UGAGAUUUAUGAAGAACUACAGCCUGGCCAAAUCACGCCUUCAUCUUUGGAUAGCGCUGUCAAACUUGAACAUCUUGAGCCAUAUGCUUAAAGCGGAAGUUGUAGCACUUCUGUCGGACUGGGCUUGGAUUCACUCUUGGAAAAAGCAAGCCAACUUGUACAAUAAGUGGACGAGGGGGGUUGAAAAUUUGGGAAAGCCCUUUUUUUCUUGGACUUGCUGACGCGUACAGCGGUUACGUGCUGUGCUGCUGCUGCUGCUGCUGCUGAGGCGCCGUCGACUUGUUUAGUAUCUUUACCAGCCUCCACCAUGUUACUUCACUUUCUCGUUUUAGCGGCCUCGAUUUUCCAGGCAAAGAGUUACUUUUCGGAGGAGAAGUAUCCGGAGGAGUCGAAAAUGCAGCCUCCCACCGUGGUUAUCGCUAUCAUAGCCAGAAACGCAGCCCAUUCCCUGCCGUACUACCUCGGAGCACUGGAGAGACUCAACUACCCCAAAGGUCGCAUCUCUGUGUGGGCUGCCACGGAUCACAACUCGGAUAAUACCACAGCCAUACUGAAAGAGUGGCUUACUGUCAUGCAGAAAUUUUACCAUUAUGUGGAGUGGAGGCCGAUGGACCAGCCCACGUCAUAUGCAGGAGAGCUGGGUCCUAAGCACUGGCCCAACAGCAGAUAUGAGUAUGUGAUGAAGCUGAAGCAGGCAGCGCUGAACUUUGCCCGGAAACGCUGGGCCGACUACAUCCUGUACGCAGACACAGACAAUAUUCUCACUAACCCGGACACCCUCAACCUGCUGAUAGCAGAGAACAAGUCAGUCAUCGCUCCCAUGUUAGACUCCCAGGGAGCGUACUCCAACUACUGGUGUGGCAUCACUCCACAGGGAUAUUAUCGUCGAACAGCGGAGUAUUUCCCCACCCGUCACCGUCACAGAGUGGGCUGCUUCCCAGUGCCCAUGGUCCACUCCACCAUGCUCCUGGAUCUAAGGAAGGAGGGCAUGAAGAAACUGGCUUUCUACCCUCCUCAUGAAGACUACUCGUGGCCCUACGACGACAUCAUUGUAUUCGCCUUCUCCUGUCGGGCUGCAGAGAUACAGAUGUACCUCUGUAACAAGGAGCGCUACGGCUACCUGAACGUCCCGGCCAAACCUCAUCACUCCUUGGAGGAUGAUCGCCUCAAUUUUGUUCAUGUCCACCUUGAGUCCAUGAUUGACGGUCCUCCCAUGUACCCCUCCCGCUUCGUCCACAUGUUCCCCAAACAAAGAGACCUCAUGGGCUUUGACGAGAUCUAUCUGAUAAACCUGCGACGCCGUCCUGACCGCAGAGACCGGAUGUUGUUCUCUCUGAAUGAGCUGGAGAUUGACGUCAAGGUGGUGGAUGCUGUGGAUGGAAAUGCAUUGAACAGCAGUGACAUUAAGUUCCUGGGUGUUGACCUGCUGCCGGGCUACUACGACCCGUUCUCUGGACGCACCUUGACUAAAGGAGAGGUGGGCUGCUUCCUCAGCCAUUUCUACAUUUGGAAGGAGAUGGUGGACAUGCAGAUGGACAAAGCACUCAUCUUUGAAGAUGACGUUCGUUUCCAGUCCAACUUCAAACGACGAGUCCUCAGGCUGAUGGAGGAAGUGGAGCAGGUGGAGCUGGAUUGGGACAUCAUAUAUCUCGGCAGGAAGCAGGUGAAUCCUGGAAAAGAAGAGCCAGUGGAGAACGUUCGGAACUUGGUGAUGGCCGACUACUCGUAUUGGACUCUGUCUUACGCCAUCUCGCAGCAGGGAGCCCAAAAACUGCUCAAUGCCGAGCCGCUUUCCAAGAUGCUGCCUGUUGAUGAGUUUCUCCCCAUCAUGUAUGACAAACAUCCCAAUGAGGACUACAAGUCCCAUUUCCCUAACAGAAACUUACAAGCCUUCAGCACACGCCCCCUCCUGGUCCAGCCAUGUCACUAUGCUGGUGAUCCCCAGUGGGUGAGCGACACGGAGACGUCCACCCUGUGGGAUGAUGACUCGGUACGCACCGAUUGGAGGGGUUCCCACAAGACCCUGAAAGGGUCACCGCCACCCGAGAUGCUGUCAGCUGCCUACAGGGACGAACUUUAGUGCGGUGCUGACAUAGCUGUUGAGAAACCUGCAGGUCAAAAGGUUGUGAGGUCAGAGAGACAGAUGCUGAGAAGAGGACCUGCUCUCAGACUUUGUUUCAGUCCAUGCUGUGUCACACCACUGACAUGCUCUGUGUCAUUUCACCUGGACUUUGUUUUUUGUUUUUUCAAAGCAUGUUGGCAAGCGUGUGGCACAAAAUGGUUUUUGGGAGAAACAAUAUAAGAGACAGAGUUUGUUGAGACUCCUUGUAGACAUGUACAAAAGCGAUGGGUGUUUUGAUACUUGUAUGCGUCUUAACAAAUCAGAUGCUUGAACUUGCACAACAGAUUUUUCUUGAGAACAAUCCACCCAUUCAUUUUUAUAGUUUAUACAGUUUUAUUUGAAUGUAUGCUUGUAGCUAUGUGUGUGCUUCUGAUGAUUGCAUGUUUAUAAUGCUAAUUACAGAGCUUUUAAAAGGGAACCGGGGAGGCGGCUUUACAAGGACUUUCUGUUGAUCACAGUCUGAGGUUCCAGCAGCUGCACUGCUCAUAACUCCUGGCAAGUCUGGACAAAAGCCUGAUACUUUUAUUGCUAAUAUUCUGUUUUUUUCCAUGUCUGUCUGUCUGUCUGUCUACCCUUUUCUCCAUUUGUGCAUAUCUUCCAUUGGAGCUGUUAAGAGAUACAGCUGUGUCUAACACAAAGCCAGACUGACCCUGAUUGAUAUUUCCCUCAGCUUCAUUAACAGUUUUAAAGUUGAUGUACCUCAUAGUUUCGAGGGCCAGUGAGACUGUUUCAUUGGCACCAGAUGAUAUGCAGGAAGUAUUUUGUUAGUGAAUCUAACACCUUGAAUGUUUGCAUUUGAAUAAUUAAGUUUCUUUAAAAUGCUCUCUUUUUUUUUUUUUUUUUUUUUUUGAAUAUCAAGUCAUGACUAGAACUAAAAUAAUAUUGACUACUUUAUACUCUGUGGCUGUGUUUUAAUAUUUUAAUAUUUCAUAUUUUGCCACACAAAUUGAACUUCAUGGUCAGAGUUAGUGUGAUACCCGGACACUUACUUUUUUUACAUUUUUAUAUUUAUGUAUACAGCAAAAUGUUCAAUUCUUGAAGUAAAACCAUCCCUAAUAAUUGUAACUUUACUUACCAAAGAGCCAAAGAGAGAAGAGUUCUGUCAGUAUAUCUGGCAUUAUUCUAAUGUAAUUAAUAGGGUGAAUAACUUUGUGAAAACAUCAUAACUUUCAGUUUAACCUUAAAUUAUUCAAACAAAACUGGAACGAAAACGCUGUAUGUGAUUUCAGGCUGUCUUAAGUGUCAAUACAGAUUCUUGGCAUGUUCAUUUAACAAGAUUUAUGUUUUAGCAUACAAUUACUUCUACUUUAGACAUGCUCUGGUAAAAUUAGGAAACAAAUUUUUUAAAUUUUCAAAUAUUUUCAGCAUGUCAAAGUGUGAACUCCAGUUGCCGGCAGUGUAAAAAGGAAACUUGGGCUCCAGUUUUUUGCAGAGUACUGCUACCUCUUAGAAGAGCCACAUUACCUUCCUGUGCUACAUCUUGUGUUAAAAGUGUAUUAAUUAUCCCACAUGUAUCUUAGCAUAAUUCUUACUAAGCCAUAUUAAAACACAGCCUACAACAGCCUUUUUGUAGCAUCACUGGGAUCCUUCUCAAUCUAGGAAUGUGUUGACACUUUGAACAGGGUUGCAAUGAAAGCAAUGAAAACUGAUGUAAACUGAUGUGAUUUAAAUGACAAUGAUCAAGUUACACCAAACUCAUGCUACAGUCAAAUGUUUGUACAUUUAUGAUGGUCUGAUUCCAUGUAUUCAUUUUCUGUCAUUAUGUGUGUUGCUUUUCAUGCAAAAGUCAUAAUUUAUUUGUUGAGUCUCUCUUGAUGUGGUUGACAGACGAGUCACAUGACAUGAUUUACAACAUGCAAUCAAAGUGCAAUGGCUUUUCUACUAAAGGCCUCUCUCUAAAUGUCUCUGAACAAUAAAACAGGAUGUUAGAAUAACUUCAAAUGUCAAUAAAAAUUAGUUUUUACACA